AUGGUUCAAGAAGUACUGGGAGACCGACAGCCACCUAUCCGUGAUGCCUUGGAUGCGUUCAUUUUUCAAAGAGUGCAUAUGGAUGAUCAAUCCAAAAUUGCUGAGGGUUUACUUGGAGGAAGUACACAGGAAGUUCGAAAAAAGUAUCCUCCUCAGUUACUCCGCAGAUUUGAGGUGCUUUUCAAAAACCGCGACGCUAUGAAACCUCUUCCAGUUCGCGAUAUCAAGGCGAACUACGUGGGAAAACUCGUGACUGUUACCGGAGUUGUGAUCCGUGCUACAGAAGUGAAACCUAUUCUCGAAGUGAUGACAUAUGCCUGCGACACGUGCGGAGCUGAGGUUUACCAACCUGUCAAUGGUCCAUCAUUUAUGCCAGCAGUAAACUGUCCUAGUAAGGACUGUGUGGAGUCCAAGGCUAAUGGUCGUUUGCACAUGCAAAGUGAUCAAGUCCCUGUGGGGUCUAUUCCUCGAGCGCUCACUGUAAAUAUUUAUGGGGAAGCAACUAGACACUGCGCUCCUGGCGAUCACGUGCGUAUAUCUGGAGUAUUGAUCCCACUUAUAAAGGGAGGAUUCCGUCAAGCUGGUGGUGGAUUGGUUACCGAGACAUUUUUGGAAGCCCACUAUGUUGAAAACGUCCGUUGCAACGUGGAUAAUGAAGAUGUGGCGGACGACUUAACAGAAGAAGAGAUUGACCUACUCGCACAAGACAACCUUUACGACAUGCUUGCGUAUUCCAUCGCUCCCGAAAUCUAUGGUCUUACAGAUGUUAAGAAGAGCUUGUUGCUCGCCCUUGUAGGAGGUGUUGAUAAGAACGCAAGUGGAAUGAAGAUCAGAGGAUGUAUUAAUGUGUUACUCAUGGGAGAUCCUGGAGUUGCAAAAUCGCAGUUGUUGUCCUACGUCAAUCGUCUUGCACCACGAUCACAAUACACAACAGGGCGGGGAUCAUCUGGGGUCGGAUUGACGGCUGCUGUGGUAAAAGAUCCCCAAACCGGUGAGAUGACACUUGAAGGAGGAGCUUUGGUUCUCGCGGAUCGCGGAAUUUGUUGUAUUGACGAGUUUGACAAAAUGAUGGAAAGUGAUAGAACGUCAAUCCAUGAGGACAAACCAGAUCGCGAUGGCGAUAAACGACUUGCAUCCCACAUUACAUACGUUCAUAUGAAUUCUAAACAACCAGAAAUUGAAGGGAUAAAACCCAUCAGUAUGCGUCUUAUCAGGCGACUCAUUGAAAUUGCGCAGCGAAGGAAUCCUGUAGUAGGAGAUGCACUCCGGGAAAGGCUCGUCGAAAUGUAUGUUGAUAUGCGCCGCGUUUCUCGCGAAAGUGAAGACUCUACAUUUGCCUCGCCUCGCUUACUGUUAUCGGUGAUAAGGAUGUCGACAGCUUUGGCGCGUCUUCGGCUUUCAAAUGUCGUUAUGUCAGAUGAUAUUGAAGAGGCAAUUCGCUUGAUGCAGGCAAGCAAGGACUCUCUUGCGCCCGGAAAUGAAACAGCAGGAGAUGUUCGUGACAGAGCAUUCGCAAUUCUUCGAGAACUUAGCUUAUCGACGGAUGACGCUAUCUCCCUGCAAACCGCUAUAGAAGCGUGUGCUCGUAAAGGAGUAAGCGAGCAAGCUCUAGAGGACGCAAUAAAAGUUCAUGAAGCAAACGGUGUAAUUGUGGUUGAUGCUCAACAGAAGAUCCGCUUUGCUAUGAACUAG